AUGGUAGACGACCGCCUGGGACUGGAAUCGGCAGCAGAUAAUCGCCGGGAACCUGGUUCACGGACCCCCGUACAGGGGCUUGGAACCGACCCCCAAGAAGCCGGCGACGACCACGGCACUCCCCCGAGGCCUACCAAGAGAUGCAGAACAAUGGCCGGUGGUGACGAGGAUUGCAACGCCAGCUCCGAGGCACCCGGGAAGCGAUCAUGGCUUGAGGGAGCCAUUCCGGUUGAGAUAUUCGGAAUCAUUACCUCGUAUCUCACUCGCGCCGACGUCAGGAACCUCCGUCUUGUUUGCCAGGAAUUCGACAGGCAGGUUUCAGUCAAGUAUUUCAGAAGUGUUGUCGUGCCUUUCCGAUCUGAGCUUUACGGUAAACAACACCCUCAGAACGGCAUAGCACGUCCCUCCAACUCUCUGUUCUACGAUGGCAUGCGCAUCUUCCAGACAUUCGGCCCCCACAUCCUCCGCUUUGCUCUGUCUCUCGAGAUCGACUACAGUUCGCUCGCGUACCCGCCAGUGAAGCUCACCCAAGAGAUCGUUCCCUCGUUCUGGGGGAUCUACCGCUGGCCACACGGAUCGUACAGCCGCUACUUGGACCUCGAGGGCAUCGAAGAGACUGCCGACGAGACGCUGGGCAUGAAGGAGGCUCUCCGCUGCCUGACAACCGUCACAAACCUUGGUCUCUAUUGCGAUGCAGGCCUCGGUUGCAUUGGCUCUCAUCAGGAUUAUGUGCGGGCCGCCGCAAGCAGAGCAGGGCGGACGCAGCAUCCGACCUUUGCUUCCUUUGCUCCGGCGGAAAACGAGCCGGGAUCCCGGGACCGCCGCGACACUGUCACCGUUUCUAAUGCAAACCUUCUGCGUCGUGCGAGCAGGGAUGACACAAAUGGUAUUGCCCAGCACAACUACACGAUUCUCAAGAGAAUGGCUUGCGGCGCAGGGUAUCGUGACGCCCAGGCUGAUGAGGCAAUUCGGCUCCUUCUCAAUACUGAAGGUAUCGAUAUAGAAGCCCUCUACCUAAGCACAGAUCCCUUCCCUAGCUCUAAUCCUGGAGACUAUGACACCGGAUACAGACGGGGGCAAAGUCAAGGCGAAGAUCCUCGAGCUGUAUUGGAUCUUGAGGCCUUCCAUGAGCAUGGCUUUCUACCCGCCGACCCCCCUGCCGCCCCCAACAUUCCUCAACAUCAACACCAACAGCUGGAUCAGCAACUGCAAGCGCAGCUACCAAUGAACCUUCGGUUCAACACACUCUUCUCCGCCCCUUCUUCCCCCCGAGCGACGGCCACACCACUCACGCAGGCCCAAAAGGAGCUACUUCUGGAGCUGGGAUGGGCUCAUCGAGCCAUGAUCCAAUCAUACGUCAUCUCCAUGAUAGACAAUUCCAGGGCUGGCCUUCUCGAUAACCUCACAACGUUGACGAUAGCCAAGAUACCGAGCUGCCAUCUCAACAUUCUCUACAAUGACCACCUGUGGCAGAAUAUUCCUAGCCUGUCCAACGUGUCAUUGGCUGUGAUUGCAGACUGGCGGAAGAUCUCGAAGCGACACGAUUCAACCAUUGAAGAUGCCCCUGUAUUUCCCGUUGAAGCGGUCCCCGGCGUCUACAAACUUCUCAACGAGUAUAUCAGUCGGCAGCCCGGGAUAAAGAGCUUGCACUUCGAGUGGAUAUGCGGCGGCGAAUUCGGCCUCGGUGCCUACCAGCGCAACCAGCAUGUCCUCCCGGCACCCUUCUUUGCGGACCCGCAAGACAUGGUCUCGGCCACUGGUGUGUUGGAGUCACUCGAGAGGCUGUUGAGGCUGCCACACAUCCAGCACCUGUCUCUCAAUAACUGCUGGAUUUCGCCCCAGGUCUUUCUCCAGAUGAUGCGUCAGAUGGGAUUGUCAUCGCUUGAAAAGCUGGCGCUCGAAUCAGUGUCCCUUACCGGACCCCCGAGCCUCACACCUCAGGUGUGGUACGCAAACCCUCGGAAUCUACCGGGCCUUCUGCUCAACAACCCCCCUUUGCCUGCGCCCAUGGAACAUGUGCCGCUCGGAUAUCCCGCAGAAGGGACAAUGCCAUAUGAGCAAGGAGAUCAGGUACAUGGAGGCGGUGGCCCUGUGGAGUCUGUUGAGCAAACGCAGUCCCCCUUCCCCUACUGGUUCUUGUGGUCCGCACUGCUGGAACACUUUUCCCCCCGCCGCCGCGACCAUUUGAGGAGCAGGUUCCGCGGAAAUGCCACCACGGCAACCAGCGCUGCGGAGACGCAUGACCAGUGGUGGGAGCGGUCACGCAUCAUGUCCUUUUCACGGCGCUUUGUACCUUGUGCGAGCCAACUGGGCAGGGAUGAACUGCACUAUCGGAUCAAGAACAUAUCCGUAAAGUCAUGCGGCUACAUCGGUGUCGAUGCUCGCCACGUCCUGACGAGAAGCCUGUUGCCGCGUAACAUUUACCACCUACCCGAGGAAUCCAGGAGCGGGGUCUACAGGGCCAUCAACGACAUGGUACUGCGGCCGCAGGACAAACUGCUCGGAUGUAUCAUACCCUACAUCCAACCCAGCGAGGUCAUCAGCUUAACUGAACUAGGAAUGAUUUUUGGUUGGACAGGCGUUUACAGCCGAGCCAUGGUGGACGAGGCCGUGGACGACGACAUCCUGCGCCCAGGCAGUGGCCGAUUCACCGGCGUUCUCGAGACUACCGGAACCUAG